UUUAAUGUUUGGUUCGAAGGAUUAUGAGUGAAGUUUGCGACGGAAAUUCGAGUAAUUUUCCGAAACAUGAGAUCUCUGCAUCCAUUUGUGAUAUUCGUGAAAUAAUUUCUGGUAAAAAAUCCAAACCAGUGUUUAUUAUUACCGUACAAAGCCAAUUUAAGGGAGAGAAUGCGUCAUAUGAAAUAACUAAAGAAUACAAAGAUUUCUUUGAGCUUCAGUGCUCUAUCUUAGAUACAUUUCCCGUGGAAAGUGGGAAAAAUGGAUAUGAAAGAAUUGUGCCUUAUUUGCCAGGAAGGAAGAUUUUUCAAAGAGAUGAUCUUCAUUUGGCGCAGGAAAGAAAGCCAGGAUUGAAUAAAUAUAUGCUUGAACUACUGAAAUUAAGAAAAAGCAUUUCUCAAAGCAAGUUAGUCCUAGAUUUCUUUGCUGAAGAAGAAAUUGAUAAAAAUAUGGAUAGAGAAGAGUUGGUCAAUCAGUCAGGAAAAGAAAGUCCUUUAAGUAAAACCACUGAAAGUGCACCAAGUAAUUCAAGCCAGGUGGAAUGGAAAGAGUUGGAUGUGACUGAUCUACAGAGCUAUGUUAAUACCUCAUACCAUUCUGAUGAAGUUUGUGACUUCUGUUAAUUAAUUGUAAG